AUGGCUGAUAAAACACAGAUUGCUGAAGCGGCGUCUAUGAAACGUUUGGCAUUUUUUGGUAUUGCCAUUAGUACUAUAGCUACAAUGACUGCCGUUAUUGCUAUUCCAAUGGUUUAUACUUAUCUUCAGCACAUUGAAUCAUCUAUUAAAAUUGAAGUUGACUUUUGUUCACAUCGUUCACAAGGAUUAAUAGAAGAACUUCAACGAUUAGAAGAACAAGUUGGACUUUCUAGAAGACAUAAAAGAUAUUCAGAACAACAUCAAAGAGUUGGAAGAAGAAAUCAAAUUCUUAGAGGUGCCGCUACUUAUGAUGGUGGAAGUGGAUCAUCAGGAGGAUAUUCAUCUGGUCAAGCUAUUUCUGCUGCACCUGCUGAAGCUUUAGGAGGUGGUGGUGGAAGUGGAGGAUGUUGUGGUGGAUGCUCAUAUGGACCACCAGGACCUCCAGGAAAAGAUGGAUCUGAUGGUAAAGAUGGAACUGAUGGACAACCAGGUAAACAAGGAGAUGAUGGUAGUGAUGCUGCUGCUCCUGAUUCUAAAGCUUCAGAACCAUGCCAAACUUGCCCUGCUGGACCACCAGGACCAGCUGGAAACCCAGGACCAAAAGGACCAAAUGGAAAUCCAGGAAGUGCAGGAGCACCAGGAAAUGCCGGAGCACCAGGAGAUGCAGGUGCACCAGGACCAGGAGGACCACCAGGUAGUGAUGGAGCACCAGGAAAUCCUGGAGCACCAGGGCCAGCUGGUACUGUUAAUGAAGUUCCUGGACCUGCUGGACCACCUGGACCACCUGGUCCACCAGGACCUGCAGGAGCUGAUGGUGAACCAGGUGCUCCAGGAAGUGGUUCUGAUGGCCCACCAGGACCAGCUGGAGAUCCAGGUCCACAAGGACCAGCCGGAAAUCCAGGAGCUCCAGGAACUGCAGGUGAACCUGGAUCAGCUGGAGAAGGUGGUUCAUGUGGUCAUUGUCCACCACCUCGUACUGCUCCAGGAUAUUAA